AUGGCAACAAGAAAAUUCCACCACCAUCACCAUGAUCAAAGGCCAAAAUUCCUUUAUCUCGGUGGUGGUGGUGACCGGAGAAUCAAUGGAGUUGAUGCCGAGGGUUUUGAGAUGAACGAAUCCGACCUGUGGAGCACCGGAGUUGAAGAUCAUGCAAACGAGCCUCAAAACCUCAUCUCACGAAGAUCAAAGUUUCCAUUGAAAACUCAUCAUCAAAGAAAAGUACCGAUGGAGAUGGCAAAGUCAUUGCCGGUCAAUGUACCGGACUGGUCAAAGAUUUUGAGAGAUGAGUACAAGCAUGAUGAUCAUGGGAGGAGAGAGAAUGAUUAUGAUCAUGAUCAUGUGGGGUUCGAUGUUGAUGAUGAUGAUGAUGAAGAUGAUGAAAGGUUGCCUCCCCAUGAGUAUUUAGCAAGAACUAGGAUUGCUUCAUUUUCUGUUCAUGAAGGUCUUGGAAGAACACUAAAAGGCAGAGAUUUGAGUAGGGUUAGAAAUGCGAUUUGGAAGCAAACCGGUUUUGAACAAGAUUAG